GGAUCGGCGCUGAGGCGGGAUUUCCUCCCUGUUCGAGGCUGGUAAUGAAUGUGUAGUUUUCAAACGUCGGUGACAGUAAUGAGGAGUUUUGUUUCUUUGGGAUGUUUGGUUGGACAUGGCAAGAUUGGUUUUAUGCGGUUCGGUAGACGAAUGAAUCCGCAGAAUGCGGUGAGCUGUUUAGCCGUGGAAGGGCUGGGCAGUGCACGGAGAGGAGUCGAUAGAAGGCGAUGCUCGGGGAACUGUGGCGCUGCCGAAAUCCAGAUACAACGUUUACAGGGCGAGAAUUCCGGAAUUUCAGCUGUUUUAAUGAACAGACCUCAUGCAAGAAAUUCCCUUGGAAAUGUAUUUGUUACGCAGCUUGAAGAAGCAGUUGAAGAUUUGUGUCAAGACAAAAGUGUGCGUGUGGUGCUCUUUAAGAGUCAGAUCAAAGGAGUUUUCUGUGCAGGUGCAGACUUGAAGGAACGUGCUCAAAUGAGUAAUACAGAGGUUGGCCACUUUGUACGUAGGUUGCAAAAUUUGAUGAACAACAUAGCAUUGUUGCCUAUGCCCACCAUUGCUGCAAUAGAUGGGUAUGCUCUUGGUGGUGGUCUGGAGCUAGCAUUGGCAUGUGAUCUUCGUGUUGCAGCGUCAUCUGCCAAAAUGGGCCUUAUCGAAGUUACCAGAGGUCUUCUUCCAGGUGCUGGUGGUAGUCAACGGCUGCCUCGAACUGUAGGAAUCGGCCUGGCAAAGGAACUUAUUUUCACUGGCCGACAGAUAGAUGGCGAACAAGCAAUGUCAAUGGGCCUGGUGAAUAAUGCUGUGCGUCAAAAUGAUUUGGGGGAUGCGGCUUAUCAAAAAGCACUGGACCUGGCUAAAGAGAUACUUCCACAGGGUCCAGUAGCUCUCAGGAUGGCAAAGCAGGCAAUGAACAGAGGCAUUGAGGUAGAUAUUGCAUCAGGAAUGGCAAUUGAAGGAAUGUGUUAUGCUCAGGUUAUUCCUACAAAAGAUCGUUUGGAGGGGAUGGCAGCAUUUAAAGAAAAACGAUUACCACAUUUUAUUGGAGAAUAAUGAAAUGACCAGUCGGACAUCCGAGAUGCACAUCAUAUCCUCUACGUGCAAACAACAAUCACAGAAUUGCUUAAGUACUGAACUUCUACAAACUAUAUGAAGGAUACUGAAUUUUUCACAUGGUUUCAGCAUCAUAUAAUAUAAUUUGUAGUCCCAGUUGCAUCUCAACUAAUGCUUUCACUGUCAUUUAAGAGGGAAUUAGUAAUUUGAAUAGUACCACUGACGAAUACAUCAGAAGUUAGUAAUCUGUAUACAGCACUAUUUGAAUCGUACUUUCACAUGACCCUGAUUAAAUAUUUGGUCUGCUGCUGUUUUUGCUGGGUUGAUUUUUCCAUGUUGCUUGUUAAUUUGUUUUACUUAUCCUGUAAACAAAACAGCUAUUUGACUCAAAUUACUUCAUUUGAGGCAGAGUGCUUAACAGCAGUGCAACGUUGCAAAUUCUUGUAUUUAAGAAUAAAUCCGUGAAAAACAA